GUUUCAAAACUGGUCAGCCGGUUGGUCGGUCAAACUUGUACUGGAUUUAAAUGUGUAUUUAAACAGUUAUGUCUUCCUCUGGUGCUGCUUCAAAUCGUCAACGGAACUGGAGCUCCCUGGAGUUUUUGGUUCCAGGGGUUCCGAACAAUAGACUUUCACAACAUUGUGCUGAAAAAAGCAUUUUCUACUGCCUUCUUGGCUUUCAAUCAAAUCAGAAUUUCAGCAAAAGAGUUUCACGACCUGAAGAUUACGGGAGAUUCAGACAGUUGAUACUUCCUAUCUACGAGGCCUACAACUUUUUCACUUUCAGUAACACAUUAGGUAGUUGCUGUAAACACCAAGUGCUCAUGUAUUGGCGCUAUGGCACGAGGAAGGGUCUGUCGCCAGAAGGCUACUUGAAGAAGCUGACGGAUAUAACAGACGGAGGCAGACAACUCAAUUGGAUCAAGGCCAAUUAUAAUGAGACGAUUUGUCUGAAUGUCAUCAGCCAAUUGGGAUUUGGACAUGGCUUUCUACGAAUUGAGGGUAACUUCAAAAGACAUUCAGACUUCCUUCUGCUGCUACAGGAAGGCAAACAGACGCAUAUGUUUUCACCCAAUAAUGUAACAAAAGUCAUAACCUUCUUCUGGUUCAAGUUUAACGUCAUAUGCAGGGCAAGACCCUGGAUGUGCUACACUUAGACAAUAAAGAAAUUGUUUUAUUUUUUUCCUCGCCACUUGGUUUUCAGAUUCUGUCUUAGCUGAGUUUUAGCUGAAAAAAAACUUGAUGGUAUUUUCAGCGGUUAUCAGUUUGAAUGAAUGAAUUAUUUAAUGACUAUAAAUAAUCAAAUGGUUAUUAAAUCUCAAGGAUAGAACUCACUGGCCAUAAAAACUCCAGGAGUCAUUUUGUUUGCCAAAACCGUGAGACGACACUUCGUAACAGGCGACAAUUCGUAACUGUAGAUUAAGCUGGGAACACUGAUUACCUUCAAUAGUC